AUGAAGGUGCAAGAAGUUUUGCCGCGGAACUUCAACGAUGUUGCGGAAUUGUACGCUAUCAAACCUAAAAAUGUGGUAGGAAAUGAGCAAGACAUUCUCGGAAGAAUCAUCGAAUUUGUCCUUGCACAAGAUAAUUUGCCAGGUCAUGGUACGAUUUCGACAAGGUCUACACAUGGACCGCAAUCGACCUGCAUGUCAACGACACCAUUAAGAACGCAAGCUCCCCCGAGCAAAACAACACCCAAAACGCCAGUUCCUCCGGUCGAACCAACAACUACAGAAAACCCACCCAUAAAACGAAACUGCUUGUUCGUUGGAGACCUUUACAAUUAUCAAGACAACGGUGACUUUUACAGACUAGAAGCUGAGCUUCUAAAUAACGUCGGAUACGACAUCUUUGAGGAAACAGCAAGUUCACGUAUUGCUUUAUGGGCAUAUGGAUACACGGAUUUCCCACAAACUGUCAAUGCUUCUUUGGAGGAUAUGAGCGAGGAUUACGAACAGUUUGCGGCGCUACUGAUCAAAAUGAAGUACGUUGAAACCAGCAGUGCGAUAUCUACAAGAAGCGCAAUUGAAGCAAUCAAUGUAAUGUAUGACACGAAAGAGCAAUUGGAUUGCUUGGUGUUUCUGACUGCUCAAAAGAACACAGAAGAUCUUCCUCAAAUAGCUCCAAGAAAUGUGGAGUUCAAGACUGUUGUGGUGGUCGGCCUUAAUGGUACGCUCAUUAACUGGGACUAA